AUGUCCGCCUCACCUGAGCACCAGGCUGGCCCAGGUGCCGCUUCACCCGAACCAGAGGAAGUGCCCCCUCCUGCCCUUGACACCAACGAGGCACCUGAGGAUCAGGAUAACGAAGAUGAGGGUGGUGUCUCUGACGAUGAGUCGAUUCUUUCGGAGGUCGACGAGGCGCAGUUCGAAGACUUCAACCCUGAAACCGUGGACAUCGAGGAUCGUCCCCAGCUGGCUAUUGACGAAGAUAACCUGAAGCUUAUCGGCCGUCACAAGCGCAAGCGUAGCGAAGAAGGCGAGGGCCGUUCCUCGCGCCGCAAGGAAGGCCGUCGCGAGAAGAAGAAUCGCCGUGCGCAAGACGAUGCGGAGGAGGGGCCGUCUCGUCGCAGGACUGCGAGGAAGGCAUCUCCCUCUACAGAUGAAGAGACUUUGGAUCCUGAGACCCGUCGCCGCCGAGCUAUCGACCGUGCCAUGGACGAGGCCAUCAAGAAGCCUGGCAAGAAACGUUCCCGAAAGCAGGAUGGAAUUGAUCUCGAAGCCAUAGCAGAUGCUGAAAUCGAAGAGAUGCGCAAGCGCAUGACCACCGCUGCACAACUCGACGCCAUCAGUCGCCAAGAGGGCAAGCCAGCCAUGCACAAGCUCAAGCUCCUCCCCGAAGUGGUCAUUCUUCUCAGGCGAGAGAAGUACAUGAACAGCUUGGUUGACCCUGAGAUCAAUCUUCUCGAGGCCGUUCGCUUCUUCCUCGAACCCCUCGAUGACGGGUCCCUGCCCGCCUACAACAUUCAAUUCGAGCUGCUGACUUGCCUUGCUAAACUGCCAAUCCAGAAAGACGCUCUGAUUGCGAGCGGAAUUGGAAAGGUCAUGAUCUUCUACACGAAGAGCAAGCGCACCGAGCGAAAGAUUAAGAUUAUGGCAGAGAAGCUCCUUGCGGAUUGGACGCGGCCAAUUAUUCAAUGCAGUGACGACUACCACAAGCGCGUCUAUGAGACGGCUGAGUACGAUCCAACCAAGGUGGUCAAGCGUAGUCAGCUUCCUCCCGAGGUCCUUGCGAAGGAGGCUCGUGAGCGCGCGAAGCUUCCUCCCCGUCUUGCUAAUCGUGCGCGCAGAGAACGUGUCCACGUCAGUUACACUAUUGCGCCUCGAUCGGUCGCUGUGCAAGAGAGCAAGUUUGCGCGACCUUUGGGAAGCGGUGGCGAGGAUCGAUUCCGUAAAAUGCAAGCCCGCCACGAUGCGUCGCAAAAGGGAGCUCGCAGCAAAUUUGGUCGGAUUGACUAG